AUGAAAGCUUCACAUCAAUCUGAGCAUGAAGGAUUUGCUAAAAUCAGAAGUUUUAAAAUAAAGCACGUUGAGGUGUCGGAGUACAUGUCCGUGGUGACCGGAGUUCACGUGUUCUUCAUGAGAUACGAGACUCCGCUGGUCAACACAUACCUCCUGGUUCCAACCAGAGAAGAGACUGACGAGGGACUGCCUCAUACACUGGAACACCUGAUAUUUUUGGGCAGCAAAAAGUACCCCUUCAGAGGAACCCUGGACCUGGUGUCCUGCAAGUCGCUUUCCUCAGGAACAAACGCGUGGACAAGCGUCGACCACACAGCAUACACACUGUCGACAGCAGGGCUGGAGGGAACCCUGCAAAUGCUCCCGAUAUUCCUGGACCACAUACUGAGGCCGUCGCUGACGGAAAUAGGAUUCAUGACGGACAUACAUCACGUGACUUCGGACGGAUCGAGUUCAGGAGUGGCGUACUGCGAGAUGAAGUCGAGAGAGAAUCACCCAGAUGAAAUGAUGUCAUUCGAAGCGUUGGAUAAGCUGUACCCAGGAGACUCGGGCUAUAAGCGUAACACGGGAGGGAAGUUGAGCGGGCUGAGGAGCACGAAUAUACACAGAGUGAGGGCCUUCCACAAAAAGUUCUACAACUGGAGCAACUUGUCAAUUGUGCUCUGCGGAAACGUAAACGAUUGUGAAUCGGUGUUGGCACUGGUGCACGACUUGGAGAAGUCGAUGGAUUUGGGAGAAGGAAGUAACAGUGUCAGGUCGCCAAAGAGGAAGAAGACAAACAUUAAAGCGGACUUAGAAUCGUUGUAUAAAGGCAGGACAAGAGUGUGGGAUGACCCAAAGCACGUAGAAAAGUUGGAAAGGAGUUCACGGAGCACACUGUACUUCCCGUGCGAAGAAGAGGAGUCGGGAACAUUUAGUGUCUCGUGGAGAGGGCCGAGGUGGGAUGAGUUUGAACUGGCGAGAUCAGUAUCAAUAAUGGGCUCGUACCUGGUGGACUCGACAGCGUCGCCGCUGGAAAAGGCGCUGAUACACACAAGUGACCCGUGCGGAAGUUGCGUGGAUUUUUCAAUAGAGCUUCUGAAGGAAAGUUACUUUCAACUGGUAAUAAAGGACGUACCAGUGAAAGGAAAGGAAGUAGGAAGCAGUAAAAACAAUAGUAAUAGUAGUAGAGGCGCUAAAGGUGGUAGCAACGUUAGUAGUGGUGGCAAAGAAGAAGAUAGUGAAGGUGAAGAAGAGGAAGAAGGUAGUGAGGAUGGACUAAGUGACAGCGAGAAGGGUGAUGAGGGAUUUAGUGACAGGGAAAAGGAUGAGGAAGGUAGUGGAGGUAAAGAAAGCAAAGUUGAAGGGGAAAAAGAUAAAAUGGAGGAAGUAGAAGAAAGAUUGAGGUCGGAGCUGUCGAAAGUUUAUGAAAAUAAGUUGGACAUGGAAAGAAUGAGGAUGCUGAUAAGAAGAGGACACUACAACUACCUGAGGCAAAUAGAAACGUGUGCACACGAGACUCUGAUAGACAAUCUGAUAGGAUACGUAAUAUACGGAGAACGUCCAGAACAGUUGGAACAAAUAAUAGUGGAUUAUGAAAUAGUGGAGAGUCUGCUGGAGAAGGAUGAAGAUUACUGGAAAAAAAUACUGCAUAGAUACUUUAUAGAGCCACCAUCAGUAUCAGUAAAGUGUAUACCGAGCGUGGAAAGAGCAAAAGAAAUACAGGAAGAGGAGAGGAAGUUGAUGGAAAAUCAAAUUAAAAAGUACGGAAUAGACCAGUUGAAGAAAAAUAAGGCCCUGGUGGAAGAAGAUUUGAAGAAAAAUAAGGGAGGUCCCCCGAAGGAGAUCGUGAAGCAGUAUAGUCAGUGCGAUAGCAGGAAGAUAGAAUUGCCAACAUACCCACUGUAUAGGAAUUUUAAGCAUACGAAGAAUGUUAGUGAUGAUGGUACUGGUACGCCCAAAUCUUUUUCUGAUGGUGCUGGUAGUGGUACCAAAAAAAUAGAGUCAGGAGAACAUGGUACAAGUGAUACUGGUAGCAAAAGGAGGAGAAGAGAGGAACUGGAAAGGUUCAGAAGUCAGUUGGAGAGAGUCAAGUAUCCAAUACAAGUGAACAACAUUCCGACUGAUUUCGUGAGAAUAUACAUGGUGUUCUCGACGUGUAAGCUGGAACUGACCGAAGAGGAAAAAAAACUGCUCUUUAUGCUGUGUGUGCUGCUUUUUGAGUCAAAUGUGUACUUCGGAGACAAGUUGGUGAGGUCGGAGGAGUUUAUAAGCACGCUCAUGGAGAACACGACUUCGUACGGGUGUAACCUGGGACUGUCGAGUUCAGCACUGCUGCCAGAUGCAUACUCGGAGCUGUUGACGCUCUACUUCACGUGCGCAGCUGACAACUACAGCAAGUUGCUGGAAAUAUUGCACAACGUGCUGCACAGAAUUAAGUACGACAGAACGAUCCUGACGAAGCACGCAAAGUCGCUGCUAAACUCGUUCUCGAAGAAGAAAAGGUCGCCGAAAACAAUGAUGAAGCAGUUGAACAAUUAUUUGAAGGUUGACAGUAAAAGUAUAAGGCACCUGUGUAGUCUAGGACAGCAGGAUAAGCUGUUGAAGGAGACAAUGUCGGAUACGAAGGGUCCAGGUGACCUGGAGGAUAAACUGAAUAAGUUGCACAGGAAAGUGUUUAACGUGGAAAACAUGUCAGUGCACUUAACAGCAGAUUUGGAUAAGCUGAAGGGAGAUUGGCCACAGUUCUGGGUGGACUUGGGUUAUGAAGGAAAAGUGGACUCAAGCAAUGUUAAGGGGCAGCCAAGUACGACUAAAGCAGAAAGGAGCGACAGUCAAGUUUUAAGAGAAUACUUAGGGUUUGAAUACGGCAGAGAUAGGCAGUUGAAGGAGUCGACGGGGUACCUAUCGUCGUUGGCGUCAACAGAUGUAUCGCACAUGUGCGUGUCAAUUCCAGCACCUUAUGGAUACAAUCACCCGGAAUACUUUACAAUACUGACGUCAUGUGAAUAUUUGACAAUGACAGAAGGGCCGUUGUAUAGAGCAAUCAGGGGAGGAGGUUAUGCGUACCAUCAUAGAGUGUCGUAUUUGGCAUCCCAGGGAGAAAUACAGUUCGUGAUAACAGAAGCAACGGAUUUAAUAAAUGCACUGAGAGUGACGAAGGAGUCAAUACUCAAGUGUUUAGAUCCAAACGUGGAUAUCGACCAGGAGAUGUUGGCAGCAAAGUCAAGUUUAAUAUACAGAAUACUGAGCAACGAGGAGAGUCUGGCGGAUUAUAGCCAAGAGACGUACACGAACGCACUGAGGGAAACGGAUGUCGAUUUCAACAAACACUCAGCAGUGCAGGUAAAGGGCAGAUGUACAGCGAUUCUAGAUUCAGGAACUGGAAAACGAGAAGAUCAGAGAAGUGUUUGCGAAGUACUUCAAGCAACUGCUGGAUUUCGAGGGUCCCCCGAAGACGCUGGCGUGCAUCGCCCCGAAAGCAGAAGUAAGAAAAGGCUAAAUACACACACAUCUUUGAAACAGGCGGAAAACAUAUCAAACGGGUUCAAAACUGCCCAAAAAGGAGCCGAGGAGCCUAGAGUCCCGGAGAUGGUGACAAAGCAGGUACAGUACAAAGAUGAGCAUUCCGAUAAAACCAAUCACGCCUCAUCCCAAAAAAAUAACGCAGAAUCCCACGCCCUGUCGAUACAGAAGGCCAGGGAAAAGAGCGCAAUACUUGCCAAGGCCAGGGAGAUGUUUUCACAGCAGUUCCCGACGGCGUAUCCCAUGGACUACGAGCUUUGGGGCAAGGACGUCAGGAAUAACAGCUGGAGAAGGUGCUGCGUGGUCCACGCGAGGUACGUUGUGAGCAAAGCAGAGGCGUUUAGGCCGCUGGACCAGAGCAGGCAGAUCGAGUCUCUGAACCCGCACGAAUACGACUACUACAUUCACUGGCUCGGCCUGGACCGCAGGCUGGACUGCUGGCUCUCCAUGGAGAGCCUGCGGACGCUGGAGCAGGGCCCUCCCAAGGGCGCCCACGUGAUCCACGAGGUGGAGCAGGAGUUCCACCACGAGCACGCAGACGACGAGUACUUGCGGGAGCACGAGAUAAACACGAAGCUGAAGACGAUAAACAGGAUUAAGCUGGGCCCGUACCUGGUGGACACCUGGUACUUCUCGCCGUACCCGGAGCCGUUUCAGAACAUCGACACGCUGUUCAUCUGCGAGUUCUGCCUGUCGUUUUUCAGGGCCGACGAGGAGCUCUCGUUUCACACCACGCAGUGUGAAUUGCGUCAUCCCCCGGGGAAUGAAAUAUACAGGGAUGAAAACCUCGCCAUGUUUGAGGUGGAUGGAGCCAUGAGCACAGUAUACUGUGAAAAUCUAUGUUUCCUGUCAAAGUUGUUUCUGGAUCACAAGAGUCUGAGGCACACCGUUGUGCUUUUCAUCUUUUACAUCAUGACUGAGUUUGAUGAGAACGGAUACCACAUCACCGGGUACUUUUCGAAGGAAAAACACUCAAAGAACAACGUAUCGUGUAUAUUAUCGUUGCCUCAGCAUCAGAGAAAGGGAUACGGAAAGUACCUGACGGCCUUCAGCUAUCUGCUAUCGAAGAAGGAGGGGAAGACUGGCACGCCCGAGAGGCCGUUAUCUGACCUCGGAAAGGCGUCCUACAUGUCUUACUGGUCAGAGGUGCUGCUGGAGAUACUAUUUGACCCGAAGUACGAGAGUCUAUCCAUCCAAGACCUGUCCCAAAUGACUGCAUUUGAGCCGAAUGAUAUUAUCAGCUGUCUGGAGGAGCUUGGACUUUUACACACCCUGUCCAACGGUAGCUCUGUGAUCACCAUUUUGCCCGAGAAGAAGAGGGAGUUGAUGUCAAAAUCGCGGACCAAGACCAGGAAACUGUACAUGGAUAAGCUGCACUGGAUUCCCUAUGACGCUCACAAUGAGCUGACCCCAGUGUAA